AAUAUUCAAUUUCACUUAGUUUUAAUGAUUAUUAUCGUCGUCUUUUCGUCAUAUUGCAGAUGCGCUUUAUUAAAUGUUUCAAUUUAAUCAUCUUUAACGAAUGAAAUUAAAUUUAAAUCACUAAUCAAAACUCAAUUAAAGUGUAUAAGACGUUUUAAACCAAUUUAUUUUUAGUAUCUUAAAUUCCUGUUUAACAAUAAGAUUAAUGUAGAGUAGAAUUUGGUCGACCUUCAGUUUUUCUGAUAAGCCAAUGCAUUUCCUUCCUUUUUAAUGAAUUGCAUAGUUUUAAGUCGUGCCAUACGUUCCCCCGUUAAAUAUUACACUCGUUUGCUUUCAAACUCCCAGAAAAAUCUCAAGUUAGAAGAUAAAUCAGUUUUAUGCUUUAGAAAUUUCACUUCUGGCUCUAGAAUGGACUCUAAGGAUGAAAAAUGCAACCAAGCUUCAGAAAAUGAAACUGACCGUGCUAAAAUAAAACUGUCAGAAGAAGAAUGGAAAAGAAAAUUAACCCCAGAGCAAUAUUAUGUAUGUCGCCAAAAAGGAACUGAACCUCCUUUUACUGGUGAGUACAAUCAUCAUUGUGAAGAAGGAACUUAUACUUGUGUUUGCUGUGGAGUAGAAUUAUUCAGUUCUGAUACCAAAUAUGAUUCUGGUUGUGGAUGGCCAGCUUUUCAUACUGCUCAUGGUGCUAAAUCUGGUGAUGAAUCCCAAGCCAAUGUAGUCAGAAAACCCGAUAAUUCUCUUGGGCGAAAGCGUACCGAAGUACUUUGUAAACAGUGCAACGCUCAUCUCGGACAUGUCUUCAAAGAUGGUCCGCAACCAACUGGUGAACGUUUCUGCAUCAAUAGUGUGGCUUUAAAUUUCAAGUCCAAAAAAUGAGAUGAUAGCAAUUAUAUUUUGUUAUAAGUAUAUGAUGGUUAUAAUUGUUGAAUUUUGUUGUUGAUUUAAAAUUUAAUAAAGUUUAGUUCAGUUA